AUGGAAAAGGAGCACAAGAGCAUCUGCUGGCGGCCAAAGAAUGCGCUCAUCGAAUGCAUCGUCAUGACCAAGUGCUUUCAGGAGAAGGAAAGUGUAGAGGACUGCAUCGCCACCAACGAUUGCUUUCUCGAGCGUCGUAACUGGACGCUGUGCAAGAUGAACGCGGUGAACCCACGGUAUCGACUUCGAGGCAAUCCGUACGACCUGGCUACCGAGGAUCAGAAGAAGAUCGAGGCGCGUAAUGAGCGCAUUCGACAACGUGAGUUGGAGGAGGAGGGGCUCUUCACUAAGUAA